UGACAAUAUACCCAGCUCCUAUUAAAAGAGGAGCUCUGCUGACCGUGUUGACACACAGCAGGUCCUGUUCUAGGGAAAAUGCAUGCUCUCUGGCCUGUCAGUGCCUGCCCUUCUGAGAUCCAGGCUUCAUAAGGAAUGAUGUAGCAGACAGGUAGUAAGGGAGCCUCAGUCACUGCAAUCUCAGGCUCUCCCAAAGCACUGGCACCUCAGGGAGAUUCUGCUGCUCCAGCAACUGCAGACUUGUGGCAGGAUGUCCAGUUCAGACAGGCUCUGGGGAGAAGGGGACCUGCGGCAGCUGCUGAAGCUGUACCGCACAGAGAUCUCAAUGGCUGUGGACGACGUCUUCCCAUUGCUUCAUGGACUUGCCGAUCACGAUGUUGUCACAGAAGAAAUGUUCAAGGAAACGCUGAGUUUGAAGGAGCAAGAAGGCUGUCACAAGGCCUUUCAUGCCAUGCUGACUUGGUUGCUGAGCCAGGAUUCAGCCUCCAUCCAAGACUUCUGGAGGGUCCUCUUCAAAGAUUACAACUUGGAGAGAUACUCCAAGCUACAGCCCAUUCGAAGCAUCUUUCCAAAAGAUGUGGAUUUCAGCCGACAGCGCAGAGGGAGGAAACCACCCACCAGCCCCAAGAUGGUAGUGCAGCACAAACAUGGGAAGAGGAAAGCUCCAGAGGAAAGGGGCUCUCCACAACCAGCUCAGCCCUCAGUCAAAUGCAACUCAAAUCCUGCGACCCUGCCAAAGGCAAAAGCCAUAAAGAAACCAGAAAGUGUGGAAAUUCAGUGUUUUCCUCUCGGAAACGGCAUUCAGAGCAUGGCUGCCUCAGUCAAGAGAGCUGUCACUGUGGCAUCCAGUGAAAUACCAGUGACCUGUGGGGCUGUAGAAGGCAUACUCAUCAAACAGGUGUUUGAGUCAGGUGGCUCUAAGAAAUGUAUCAAAGUUGGAGGUGAGUUUUAUGCACCAACCAAAUGUGAAGACCCCGGGGGAAAGAACAAGACCCGAAGCCUGAAGCCUAGUGUACGAACCAAGGGAUCCCAAGGGCUCCAAUGUGUAUGGUGCCAAGCGAGACAAAUUGCUUUUACCUCUUCUAGCCCAUCCUCCGUGCAGAGAAGAAAUGGAGAGCUGAAAAUAACUUCACAGGGCCGGCUCCAGGUUCCUCCUGUUCACAUCAUGGAUCCACCCCUCCACCAGCCCUCCCUGGGUCAGAAGAACGAUGAUGAAUGCGCAGUCUGCAGGGAUGGCGGGGAGCUGAUUUGCUGCGAUGGCUGCCCCAAAGCUUUCCAUCUGGCCUGCCUCAUGCCACCACUCACCGAAAUUCCAAGUGGAACAUGGAGAUGCCUCUCCUGCUCAGCGAGGCGGGUGAGGCAGGACGGACACCUGGAAGAGGAGCAGACCAGGGAGCCACCAUCUGAGAACCAGAAGAGUCUGUGUGGACAAAGAGCAGCUGGAGACAGGGAGAAGAUUCUCCUGAGACAGCCCACACCAGCCUGCGAUGCCUCCUUCACUUUCAAACAACCUUUGCCCCCUGCAUCAUGCCCCUCACCAAUGCCUGUGGCAACACCAACCUCAGCCCUCCGGCUACCGCAGAGCCUGGGCCCAGAGAGACAGCUGAAACUGACAGUGGGCGAAAAAUGUGGAGUCUGCAGGGGGGGAGGAGACACGAUCUACUGCACCCAGUGCUUCAAGGCCUUCCACUCGCACUGCCACUUCCCUGCACACACAGAUCAGCUCAGUGAAAUCCUGAUAUGCAACUCUUGCUCUGGCGGCCCUGGAAACAGCAGCAUGGAGGGAGCAGUGGCAUCAAGUAACCCUGCACUACGAACAGUGAAGGUGGUGGAAGAGUCUUCUGGGGGUGACCCAAUACUGAAUAAAGAGGAGUUGGACUCACUCCUAAGUGAGAGUUCAUUUGACGGGAUCCUGCAGUGGGCAUUCCAGAACAUGUCUCGGCCGCUGUCAGAUGCUCAAGGAUUAUUCUCUUAGUACCUGCUGUAAUGGUGGACAGAGCAUGCAGACUUGUUGCCCUUCAUGCUGUGGAUUUGACCAUCAGUUAUCUGUAAACAUCAGGUGUAGACAUCCUGGGCUACACCUGGGACUUUACACAUUUGGCUCCAAAUUCACACACCCCUGCACGUACUAGUUUAAACUUCUUUAUAACAGUGUUACCUUAAAUUCAUAUUAAUAUAAUGCAUGCUUUAGGGUCCAAUGUCUUGACAAAGUGGGACUCUUUAAACCCCAAAGGAUCAUUCACCAACUUUUGAAUUUUUAGUUCCAAAUUGUCCUCUCUUUUCCUAUUCCAGUCCAGGUCUAUCUACUAAUAAAGUAGCAGGCUUCUUUUUUUUAAAAACCCUGCAGGAUUUGUUAUGGUGUCUUUGUACCCAAAUAUAGGGUAUUUCUAACUGUUUGUUAAAGUAAAUCCAUCUAUUUUCUUUAAACCAGACAAAGUAAAAGUAACUAGACAAGUAACUAGACAAAGUAAAGUAAUCCAUCUAUUCUCUUUAAACUAGACAAAAAAGGUGUCUGAGAUGUCCAUGCCUGGCUGCAAAAGAACAUGGCACCACACAGGAGAGAAAAGAGAACGUUAUUUCACUCUGUCUCCUGUACCAGGUCUCUUUUCUCAUUGCUUUGUACACUCCUGUUCUUCACUCAGUUCUCCAGUUCAAGCUGUCCUCGACUUACAACGUUUCACACUUACAACGUUUAUAAAUUGACACCCUGUUUCAACUUUAUGACAUCUAUUUCAACUGUACAACGCUUGAUCUGAUGCAACGCCACACCAGUGAACCAGUUUGUUGUGUCACUCAUCUCCCUGGAGAACAUCUGUCCAAACUUCCUUGGACACUUUCUUUAAGAAAGCAGACAAAACUUCAGAAAAACCUGCAGCCAAAUCUCCUGAGAGGACUCCAGCCAAGAACCCUUCAAAAAGUCCAACCAAGAGCCCUUCAAAAAGUCCAGCAAGUCACCUCAAAGAAGUCCUUUUGAAUCAAUGUGAUUGCUAUUUACAAUAUAAAUACAUUAAUGUAGCUAUA